AUGGGAUCAAAAUCGAUUGCCGAGGAGUUAGAACAGAAUUUCAGCUCACCUUCACUUCAAUUCGACUCAGAAGAAUCCGCUAGGGUCGAAGAAUUGGCCGAGAAGCUACUGAUUAGCAGCAGGCCUUUAUGGGCACAUCUAUUACCCAAGAAAGUUCUUGUGCCAUCAGACCGACAAUAUUAUGCAGACACACGAUCAAAAAGAUUUGGAAUGAGUCUCGAUCUAUAUUAUCGUGAGCAUGUCAGUCAGCAGCUUUGGUAUCAGCUUGAUGCCAUCUGUCACGAGAUCGCAGAGGCCCUGGCCGAGACUCCAGGACCAUUUUUGAUGAAUUACCACCCUUCGUACGCCGAUUUUACUGUCGUUGCUCUUCUUCGAUUCUUCAGUUGUGUUGAUGAGACCAUGUCAGAUCACUUCUACAGUGCUGAACCGCAGCUUCUCAAGUUGUAUGAGGCCUGCCAACAGUGGCUUGAACGUGAUGAUUGA